AUCCACCAUUUGAAACUCAACUGUCGGCGUGUGUGAAUUGAACAAUUGUACAAUUGAACGAGAGCGUCUUUGAUUAUCGCUGUGGUCUAUGAGGUGACAGUGAAGGACAUUCAAUCUGAAAGAUACUUGCUAAACAAUUUAAAUUUAUAUAAAUAUAUACUGCGUAAGAUAUCUGUGAGAGUGGAGAGUGACAUUGGAAGAAAGAACAAAUUGGGGCAACAAAAUGAUUGUGGAAAAAGUGCUGGAGCGUGCCACGAAGUCGGAGCUGUGCAGCGCUCUUGCCUUGGUGGUGCUUUCGCUGAGCAUCUACACAUUCUACUCACAUCUGCAAGCGUAUCUGAGAUCGGUGCUGCUCUCCCUGCGCCUCUCCGGACCACCAUCGUUGCCCUUUCUGGGAAACUGCCUGCUGAUCAAUGAAAAGGAUCUUAUGAGAAAACGCGCCGCGAAAGCCUUUGAUCUUUAUGGAUCGCUGGUGCGCAUUUGGGUGCUAUUGUUUCCGUUCUUUGUGGUGCUGCAGCCAGAAGAUCUGCAGGUCAUACUCUCCUCCAAGAAGCACACGAACAAGGUGUUCUUCUAUCGGUUAAUGCAUAACUUUCUGGGUGACGGCCUCAUCACCAGCAGUGGGGCCAAGUGGAGCAACCAUCGCAAGCUCAUUCAACCGGCGUUUCAUCUGAGCUUGCUGGAGAAGUUCAUUGACACAUUUGUGGAUGCGUCGCAGUCAUUGAAUGAGCACUUGGAUGCCUCGGCCCUGGACAUUGAGGUGAACAUAGCCAAAUAUGUGAACAACUGUGUCAUCGAUGUUUUAAAUGAGGCUGUUCUGGGUGUGCCCAUUAAAAAAACAGGUGUGGACCUGAUGGAGGACUCGCCGUUUCGCAAGGGCAAACUGAUGAUGCCCGCACGUUUCGCACAGCCCUGGCUGCUGCUGGACGCCAUAUAUCAGCUGACAUCGCUGGCCAACGAUGAGCUCAACCAGAAGAAGCGUCUCAAUGAUUUCACGCGCCAGAUGAUUAAACGUCGUCGCGAGAUUAUGGCCAACAACAAUGUGGAGCGCAAGUGCCUGCUGGACUAUAUGAUUGAAAUCUCCGAGAAUAAUCCGGACUUUAGUGAGGAGGACAUUGUUAAUGAGGCGUGCACAUUUAUGUUGGCUGGCCAGGAUUCGGUGGGUGCCGCUGUUGCCUUUACCAUUUUUCUGCUGGCCCAGAAUGCGGAUGCCCAGGAGCAGUGCCACGAGGAGCUCGAGCGCAUCUUUGAUUACAGCAAUCGGGCGCCGACGAUGAGUGAUCUGCGCGAGAUGCGUUAUCUGGAGAUGUGCAUCAAGGAGGCACUGCGUCUGUAUCCCAGCGUGCCGCUCAUCGCCCGCAAACUGGGCGAGGAGGUACAACUGGGCGCCUACACAUUGCCCACGGGCAGCAACAUCUUCAUCUGUCCCUAUGCCACACAUCGCUUGGCACACAUCUACCCCGAACCGGAGAAAUUCAAGCCGGAACGUUUCGCGACCGCGAAUGUGGAGCAACGUCAUCCGUAUGCAUUUAUACCAUUCAGCGCCGGACCGCGCUACUGCAUCGGCAAUCGAUUUGCCAUAUUGGAGAUCAAGACAAUUGUGUCCCGCUUGCUGCGUAGCUAUCAGUUGCUCUCCGUGCCCGGCAAGACCACGUUUGAGGCCACAUUUCGCAUCACUCUGCGCGCUUCGGGUGGACUCUGGGUGCGACUCAAGCCGCGCCAGCAGCACCAUGAUGCAGUUUAGUGCUUGGAAAUUAGUCUAGAAAACACGGCCAAGCCAGGUAAGGGCUGAGAAAUCCGGGAUUUGUUUUUAAAAUGUAACAGAAGCUUAGUAAUGGAAGCGAGAAUCAUGAAGCUCAAACUAGAUAAUGAAGAAUUACCUAUUCCACAAUUAGCUUAGCUUAGCUACUUUAUUUAAGUUGAAGACUUGUUAAACUUUGACACCCUAGAGAAAUUCUCAAUAGAAAAGCAAAUUAAGAAGUUAAUUUGGGAUUUAAAGAAGCUUAGGGGAUGAGCCUCAUAAACAGGAAGGUUGAGCAACUACUUUAUCAUUUGCUUAUAAUUUAUAAUUAAUUAUUAUUAUUUUUGACUUAGCAAUAUUUAAUUGAGCUCCACGUUUCUUAGCAUUCCUUAUAAAAGACUGCGCUUCUCUCAACUCUUCUCGCUUCCAUUUCUAUUAAAAGAAAGGCAAAAUUAAGUUCAAAUUUGUACAGCUUAGUUUCUUGCACUACUUCGCCUUAAACUUGCUGAUUCUUGAAUUAAUUAGUCGAGGGUCUUAGCGGAUUCUUGCCCAUAAAUUUAGACAGCGUUGGCUUCGGUACAAUUUAACUUUAAUUAGUAUGGUAAAUAGAUAUGUAUAUAAAUCGAUAAAAUAAUUUAAAUAUUUAGCCUUUGUCUAGCCUAAGUGCAGUGUGCGAUGUGCCUGUGCCAGUGCCUAAUAAGUUUGUUGGGUGCAUUUUUGGAUUCGGAUUUGGAUUAUAAUUAGUUCGCGUUCGCAUCCAUAUAUAUGUAUAUGUAGUUU